AUGGACACGUCCCGGGGCGCAGCGGACCCAAAAUUUCACGCGGUGGUCGACGAGCACAGGAGAAAUGGCUACUUCGUUGGCCUGGACAAGGGCACGCCAGAAUACAACGCGAGGUUAAAAGAAGUUGCCGUGGCAUUCGUGGGCGUGGUGAACGAGAAAAGGGUCACUCUCUUCAGGAACAGAGGAAUCUUGAAUGGGAGGAAGGGUGAGUUCCGAGAAGCUAUCAGCUGCUACAACCGCGGACUUGAGCUAUCGAGAAACAGCCCGUCCAAGCACGUAACUCUCGCAAACCGAUCCGCAGCCUACAUCAAGAGGCAACAGUUCGCGGAGGCGCUGAGGGACGCGCAGGAAGCCGCUGUCCUAUGUGCCGACUAUUCCAUCGCACACUCUUUGAUGGGGUACUGCCAUUCGCGGCUCGGAUUGGACAAGAAAGCCGUGGUCAAUUAUCACAUGGCUCUGGAGCUCAACCCGAUGGACGUGUCCAGUCAGAGCUUGCUCGCAGAGGCCAAGAAGAGUCUCCUUGCCGCAGGGGAGACUCCGGAAGCUGUCGAUGCCCUCGAGGCCCCUUUCGUCUCGAAGAGUGCCCGGAACCAAGAGGAGGCAGCGAUCGAGGCGGCCGUGGCGGCGGCACUGGAGAUGCCGGUCAAGCACCGGCGGUACCUCGACCACACAGGGCGAGCCGCUAGCAUCGAGGCGAUGGUGCGGUUAGCGCGGAAGCUCUCGUCAGGCGCGCAGGCGUUGGCGUCUCUGACGCAGCUACCCGGCAAGCUCAAGCACACCAUCGGGAAGAAAGCCCGGGGACAGUCAACAUCGUCCUCAAGAGGUGUGGGGCUACAACACAGCCCGCCCAUGGGAAGUGACUUCGCCGGGCUCUUCCGAGACGACUCGUUCGACGGUGUCCCCGCGCCCCGCUCGGCCGCCCCGACCCCAGGCACGUCGGCCGCCCCGCCCUCGACCGCGGGCAAGUCUUCCUCGCGUGGGGUACCGCAGGAAGGCUCCAACCCGCUGUUCAAUGCCGGCGACGUACGCCGCCUGCGGUACGGGCUCUACGGCGGCCCCGGUAACGCCUCCGGGGCUGUUAGCCGUGUGUCGUCCGCACCUGACGUGCGCUUGAUUGGUCACCCCCGGGCUGGGGGUGGGGACAGCGGUGGGGUCGUCGGCGGCGGAGAGGGCGGCGAGGGCGGGGGCGGCGGUGACGGUGGCACGGCAGGGUCUAGGCACGUCGGUGGCGCUGGCCAAUCGGCGGCGGGCGGCCGUGCUCUCCGGAGUUCGGUCAGCGGGGGCGGGGCCACUGACCCGGAUACCAGGGGUGGUCGGCAGCUCCAACACCAGCAGAAAAACAAGCAACAGAACAAGCCCCGAUCACGCGGGGCGUCGCUGGAGGCCACGCCUCGCACCGCGCCCGCUAAGGCGACCGGCGACCGACGCCCUGGUGCUCACACGUCGUUAGCUCGGCAACUGGAGGACAUGGCCCGAAGAAAGGACGCCACCAACCGUCGCCAAGGAGAAGCGGCAGGCGGAACCGCAGGUGCUGGUACCCCUGCUGGUACCGCCACUGCUGCUGGCGAUGCUGGAAGGGAACAGUCUAAGACCUUCGUGCAAUCCGCGCGGGCAGACGGCGACAGGGCGCCCCUUGUUCCGCGUGCCGCUCCGGUGAGAGGCGGCAAUUCUGAACCGGACCCGAGUUCUCCCGUGCGAAAGCCCGACAAGAACGAGACUCCCGCGACCACGGUGCAAGUCACGGGGAAGCCGUCCCGGCUCGUUCCCCGUCCCAGCUGGGUACCGGAGAAGAGCGGGUACGCGUCUUCGGAGUCGAGCUUGUCGGAGGGGGGUCCGAUGUGCUCGAAGGAACCCGAGACCGUAACAGCGGCGACGUCAAUGUGCGGGGCUGGUGGUGACGACGACCGGGCUCAGCAAUCGGUCGCCGUGCCGACGGUCAACCAGACGCUGCACCUCGAGGCGGCAGCGAACGGGAAGCAGCAGUGGCGCGAUGUCGUCGCCAGGUCGCAGGGCAAGAUCGGCUGGACCACGUCUGAUUCGGCGCCGGAGAAGGCCGGCUGGACCACUUCCGAUUCGAGCUCUGAUGCCGAACAAGCGGAACGCGAGGGGGAACGCAGAGGAGAAAAGGAAAGAAGCGGAUUGCCCUUGGACUCUUCGGCUACAUCCGAGGUAGUAGUCCGAGAAGACGGGGUGGAGGCAGAUGGAGCGCUGCGGAGAAUGCUCGACGGAGAUUCGGACUGUGGUUCCGUCCUACCCUUACAAGAUAAUUCCAUGGAAGGGGAGAAAAGGCCUCGGCGGCUGGAGGGGAAGCAUGCACAAGGUGGGAGGAUACUACAGGAGCAACAGGUUGAAAGGCAGAAACCAGCGAGAACACAGAGGGUCGGAGCUCAGGUUCCCGGCGGAGAAGAAGGGAUCACACGGAGCCCCCGCGGGACUAGCGAAGCGAGAGACUCCACCGAUGGGCCACCGGAUGGAGGGGGACAAUCGAAGGAGCCUGCUGCUUCCGCUACAACUGCCGUUGGUGCUUGCGAGGUGACUUCGUCGACAUUGGGCGGCACCACCCCCCGCGACCCCAAGAGCCCGACCGCCCUCUCGAAAUCCGUGUCGGUUCGGGCCAAGAUCGAGAUGUUCGAGCGAACAGCCCGGUCGGCCGCGGGAGAGGAGGGGAGGAAUAGAAGCAGUUCCUUGGGGACACCGGCAGCGUGCCACCGGCAACCCCUGGGGCGCUCGCUCUCGGCGAAAGCGAGCGCCCGAGAGUGGGCCUUUUCGGCAAGCGUUGACCGCUCUCAACAACGGUCGGCUGUCGAAAACGGUGGCUUGGCCAGAGCGCUUUCCUUCUCGUCGUCUUCUCGGUUGGCAAGGGGUGGUGCUACGCCCGGCUUUGUGGCCAACACGGCGGACCCUCCCAUCCUCCCGACAAGGGAGUUGAGUGGAUGA